CAAACUCCCUUCCCACCUUGCAUCACAGCGCCUUGGGAUUCUGUAAGCUGGAGCUGGACCACACGAGGCCGGCCAUGGCCUCCCCUCGCCAGGACGGACACGGACCACACGAUGGCGCGCCGACGUACGCCGGCAUGGCGGAGCUGGUGCCGGCGCUCCCGCUCGAGACGCGGUGCCUGCCGUUCGCGCUGCGGCGCUACGGCGGCUUCUGGCUGCCGGAGCCGGCCCUGCGGCGCGGCCUCCCGGCGUUACACGCCGGGUUCGCUCCCAGACGCGCAGACGUGCUCCUCGCCAGCUACCCCAAGUCCGGCACCACCUGGCUCAAGGCCCUCGCCUUCGCCACCGUCCGCCGCGCCGCGCACCCGCCCUCUUCCAUCGACCACCCGCUCCGCCGUCGCAACCCGCAGGACUGCGUCCCGUUCAUCGAGUUCCAUGACGGGGACAUGGCGGAGCUCGAUGCGCUCCCUUCGCCGCGCGUGCUCGCCACGCACCUCCCCUACUCGCUCCUCCCCGACCGCGUCGUCGCCGACGACGGCGCGCGGAUCGUGUACGUCUGCCGGGACCCCAAGGACGCUCUGGUGUCCUCGUGGCUGUUCACCAGGAAGGCGUCGCCGAGUAUCGGAGUCGACUCCGACUCGUACUCGCUGCAGGAGGCGGCCAAGCUGUUCCGCGAGGGCCGGUGCUUCUACGGCCCGCAGUGCCGGCACGUGCUCCAGUACUGGGAGGCGAGCCGCCGCCCCUGCGGCGGCGGCGAGGUGCUGUUCCUGAGGUACGAGGAGAUGCUGCGCGACCCGGCGGGGAGUCUGAAGACGAUGGCGGAGUUCAUGGGAUGCGGCUUCUCCGAGGAGGAGGUGGCGCGAGGGGUGGUGGACGAGAUCGUGGACCUGUGCAGCCUGGAGAAGCUGAAGAACAUGGAGGCCAACAGGGACGGGCGGCGGAACGCAUCGGGCAUCAGGAGCGACUCUUUCUUCCGGAAGGGGGUCGCCGGGGACUGGAGCAGCCACAUGUCGCCGGAGAUGGGGAAGAUGCUGGACGAGGCCACGGAGGACGCGCUCCGGGGGUCUGGGUUCAGCUUCUCCGGCUAAGCUCCGGCGAGCACUGGCCAGGGCGGUAGCGCGGCAAACAACAAUGCCAUUGCAAAGCACGGCUUGGAACACAUGUGUUUGUGGCGAUACAUGGAUUUAAGGCGCGAGUUUGGUUCCAUUUUCUUGCUCGAAAGUUGAUUGUCUUGUAAUAAGUUCAAACAGUAGUUUGAUAACUCAUUCCAAAUGUUUCUUUCCCACAUUUCCGAAUCAUUCCAGUUCUACAAUUUCAGUCCUCAUUUAGUAUAUUAUUUAAAUACAAUUCCGGAAUUUUCAAGUGUGUUCAA